AUGUUCUCACAGGUUGUUCCCAAGGACGAUCAGACCAUGUUAUGUUUUCUGUGGAGGGAGGACAGGAAUUCGCCCCCGGAAGUUUAUCAAUACUGUCAACACAUCUUCGGAGCAAAAUCCUCACCUACUUCAGUCAAUUAUGUUCUUCAUCGAACCACCAAGGACAAUUCUAGCGAAUUCCCAUUGGCAGCAGAGGCAAUCAUGAAAACCUUUACCUGGACGAACUCUUUAAGUCAAGAAAUCGCAGUUGACAUGUGCCAAGACCUUACCAACCUGCUGUCGAAGGGUGGCUUCAGACUAACCAAGUGGUGCAGCAACUCCCGAGAAGUUCUCUCCAAUAUACCGGAGAGUGAACUUGCUCCGUGUCUGAAAGGCCUUGGCCUAGACGGUAAACUACCUAUCGAACGUGCACUGGGAGCCCUUUGGAACACGGAGGAGGACUUGUUUGUCUUCACUAGCUGCUUGCCAAAGGCAGCUUCUACCCGGCGACAAAUCCUGAGUGUCAUUUCUUUCAUGUUUGACCCGCUUGGGAUGAUUGCCCCUUACAUACUUCGAGCAAAGUUGUUCUUCCAAGCUUUGUGGCAGAUGAAACAAGGAUGGGACGAGACAAUUCCUUCUGAGGACCUUGCUCCCUUCCUGGAAUAG